AUGGCUCCUACUAUUCUCAUUGUGGGUGCCACAGGCAACACUGGCCAAGCCGUUGUCGAAACCUUACCGAAGUUGCUUCAAUCAAGCAAUGCUUUGUCUGACCACCGUGUCAUUGCCCUUACUCGUUCCUCGAAGAGUCCCGUGGCACAAAGGCUUGCCAAGGUGCCUGGAGUUGAAGUGAUAGAGAAGAACUGGGUUGAUAUCACCUCUGACUGGCUCCGUGAACACCAAAUAACCAGAGCAUUCAUUGCCCCACACAAUGACCCGAAUGCCUUCGUCGAAGAGUCCACGUUCCAUAUUGCUGCCUUGGACGCAGGUGUUAAAUACGUCGUGCGAAUCUCUACCACUGCUGUGAAUGUCCGCCCAGAUUCUCCCGCUUACUAUACACGUACCCACUGGGCGAUUGAGGCUCUCCUAAGCUCGCCCGAAUUCACCAACCUACAGUGGACUUCACUACAGCCUAAUACCUUUUCGGCUUUCUACCUUGCUAGUACUGUGGAAUUUAUCAAACAGUACCGCAAAACAGGAAAGCAGGGAGAUCUCAAAUUGAUAGCAUCGAAAGAUGCACCUGUCGGUGUCAUCGACUCUUCCGAGGUUGGAGUCUUUGCGGCUCAUCUCUUGUCCCAAGAAGACCCCUUUGUGCACAAUAAGGCCAAAUAUGUCCUCAAUGGACCAGAAGACGUUACUGGGCAGCAGACAGUGGACUUGGUUGAGCAGUACAUUGGUACGAAGGUUGAGAAAGUCACCUAUCAGGACACAUCAUUCCUUGACCAGAUUUGGGAAUACCAGUAUGCGGCAACCAAUCAAUCAAAGAAUGUGAUUUAUUCUGUCAAACAUGCUCUGGUGACAGCAUGGGAAGGGAAAUGUUCAGUUUCAACCACGAGCAAGACAGUACUGGAGAUCGCUGCACCUAAAAUUACACUUGCUGAGACGUUGAAGGGCCUUCUGGAGGAGUAA